AUGUACAUUACUGACAAGAAGCAAGACACGAUGGCGAGAUCUGCUGGUCCUGGUCACCACGUGUUGACCACGUUCGGUUCCUUGCGGCGCAACAGACGCACUGUUGUCAUCUACUCUGCCAAAACGGCAUGCGGCGUUAAUGUGAGCGUUUUUCGCUUUGCCGAAGACAACUUUUUCAUCCUGCUCUCAUGUACUUCUCGUGUUUGUGAUGACCAAAAGUCUGCCUUUGAAGAAGCACUUCAGACCGGCAUCUGGUGUUUUUUCGACCGCGGUCAUUCGAUGUCGAUCGACUUGGCGCGCGGUCUCUACGGCACGGCCAGGCGGGCGAUUCAACGCCAACUUGCCAACUUGCCGGCCGUUGGUUGUCGAGGUGUUUGUUUUAGCGCAACUACGGUCGGUGGCCAGGCACUUACCGUAGCGGGAGUGUCGCGUGUGCACGACAGCAUCUCGUACCUGCGGACAAAGGCGAUUGAUGUUGUCGACCAGGACCUGGAGGCUGAGUGCUUUUUAGCUCGUUACCGAACGACGGCGACGGCAAGGCGCUUCGACAACUUGCCGAGCCUGUGUCCAGCGUUAGCCGGCCGGUCGUCACCCCCGUUCGGUGGUGGUGGUGAUGGUGACGAACAGCGCGUACUUAACAUUCAGUAUGGGCUCAUUUGA